GCUAGUUCCCUUCAUACCCGAAAUACUUAGAAGACUUUAUCCAUCUAUGCGUUUAAAACCAUAAACUUAUCUGUCCUUUGUGUCCCUAGCUGUCUAUUUACCUCAAAACAACCAAAGCAUGUCAUUCAUAAAGUUUCUGUAAAGGAUUGUUUCAACUUUCAGAAGUACACACUUCACCAUUUCUUCCAGUAAAAUUGGAUGAAACAACCAACAAAGGCAGUUCAAAUCCCAUUAUCUGUCAAUUAUCAUAGAGAAAAGAAACAGAGAAAUUUUGAGUGCUGGUUCUGCUCAAGUUAGAUGAGUUAGAACAGUGUAGGAGGUGUUAACUUCAUCAUGUCAAGCAAUGCAGUCAUUACUUUUUUCUUGUUUCUCAACAUCUUUAUGUUUCCUGCCAUUUCUGCCUUGAACCAAGAAGGUCUCUCUCUACUUUCAUGGCUUUCAGCAUUCAAUUCAUCCUCUUCUGCUACUUUCUUCCAUUCAUGGGAUCCAACUCACAAUAAUCCAUGCAAAUGGGAUUAUAUCAAAUGCUCCAGACAUGGUUUUGUUUCAGAUAUAACAAUAACCUCCAUCAACCUUCAUACCAGCUUCCCCACCCAGCUCCUCUCCUUCAACUAUCUCACCACCCUUGUCCUUUCAAAUGCAAACCUUACUGGAGAAAUCCCCCCUUCAAUAGGAAACUUGUCAUCACUGGUGACCUUAGACCUCAGUUCCAAUGCUCUAUCAGGGAACAUCCCAGCUGAAGUUGGAAAAUUAUCUGAGUUGCAGUUUUUGGUGCUGAAUUCAAAUUCCUUGCAUGGUCAAAUUCCAACUGAAAUUGGAAAUUGCUCGAAGCUUCAAGAGCUUGAGCUGUUUGAUAACCAGCUCUCUGGAUGGAUUCCUGCAGAAGUAAGCAAUUUGAUAGGCCUGGAAAUCUUUCGUGCAGGCGGAAAUCUAGGAAUUCGUGGCGAAAUCCCAAUGCUAAUAUCAAACUGUAAAAGACUAGUUUUUCUUGGUCUUUCAGAUACUGGUAUUUCGGGGCAGAUUCCAAGUGGAUUAGGAGAACUUCAGAAUCUCAAGACUCUUUCAGUCUACACAGCCAAACUCACAGGUCCAAUCCCACCAGAAAUUGGUAACUGCUCAUCUUUGGAACAAUUGUAUCUAUAUGAAAACCAGCUUUCUGGAAAUAUUCCUAACGAAUUGGGUUUUAUGAAAAACCUCAAGAAGGUGCUAUUGUGGCAGAACAAUCUGCAUGGAAGCAUUCCAGAAAGUCUUGGAAACAGCUCAAGUUUGACGGUUAUUGAUUUCUCAAUGAAUUCCCUCAGUGGUGAGCUUCCUGGGUCUUUUGCAAAUUUAGUCACAUUGGAGGAGCUUCUUCUGUCUGAUAACAACAUUUCUGGCCAAAUACCAUCAUAUCUCGGCAACUUUUUGGGUCUGCAGCAACUUGAAUUGGAUAACAACAGAUUUUCUGGUGAGAUUCCACCUGCCCUGGGGAAACUAAAGGAACUUUCUUUGUUCUUUGCCUGGCAGAAUCAGCUUCAUGGAAGCAUACCAACUGAGCUAGCCAACUGUGAGAAACUUCAAGCAUUGGAUCUUUCACACAAUUUGCUCACCGGCUCUAUUCCAAAUGCUCUCUUCAAUCUCAAUAACUUAACCCAAUUGUUGUUGAUAUCAAAUAGAAUCUCAGGUGAAAUUCCACCUCAAAUUGGUAACUGCACCAGCUUGAUCCGUUUGCGGCUGGGAUCAAACAACUUCACCGGUCAGAUUCCAUCAGAAAUUGGGCUCCUGCAUAAUUUGAGCUUUCUUGAAAUGUCAGACAACAAAUUCACCGGAGAAAUUCCUCCUGAAAUUGGCAACUGCAAUCAACUAGAAAUGGUUGAUUUGCAUGGAAAUGCACUCCAAGGCAUAAUCCCCUCAUCAUUUGAAUUCCUUGUUGGUCUUAAUGUGUUAGACCUUUCCAUGAAUAGAUUAGCAGGCACCAUUCCUGAGAAUCUGGGCAAGCUUACAUCCUUGAACAAACUGAUAAUCAGUGGGAACCAGAUUACCGGUUUGAUUCCCUCAUCACUUGGCCUCUGCAGGGGUUUACAGUUGUUGGAUAUGAGCAGCAACAAAAUCACUGGUUCUAUUCCAGAAGAACUUGGUCAUCUCCAAGAAUUAGAUAUUCUCUUGAAUCUGAGUUGGAAUUCUCUGACAGGCCCCAUUCCAGAGAGCUUCUCUAAUCUCUCAAAGCUUGCCAACUUGGAUCUGUCUCACAACAUGCUAACAGGAAGCCUGAGAGUACUAGGUAAUCUUGAUAACCUAGUAUCUCUGAAUGUCUCCUACAAUAAAUUUUCUGGUUUACUUCCUGAUACCAAGUUCUUCCAUGACCUCCCAGCCAGUGUGUUUACUGGUAAUCAAGAACUCUGCAUCAAUAGAAAUGAGUGCCAUAUAAAUGGAAAACUCCAUGGUGUCAAUUCUGCCAGAAAUCUUAUUAUCUAUGCUCUUCUCAGUAUAUCUGUAACUGUGUUUGUGGUGAUUUUUGGGCUAUUUUUAUUUAUGAGAGUUCGUGGACCCACAUUUGAGAAGAAUGAUGAAGAAGAACAUGACUUGGAAUGGAAUUUCACCCCAUUUCAAAAGCUUAACUUUUCCAUAAGUGAUAUUGUCACAAGCCUGUCAGAAUCUAAUAUUGUAGGAAAGGGUUGUUCAGGCAUUGUUUAUCGUGUUGAGACUCCAGGAAAGCAGGUUAUCGCAGUGAAGAAGCUAUGGCCAGUUAAAAAUUGGGAGCUUCCAGAGAGAGACUUGUUCUCUGCAGAAGUUCAGACUCUUGGAUCAAUAAGGCACAAAAAUAUAGUGAGGCUUCUGGGAUGUUGCAACAAUGGAAAAACUAGAUUACUCUUGUUUGAUUACAUCUGUAAUGGGAGUUUGGCUGGAGUACUCCAUGAAAAGAGGCUGUUCUUGGACUGGGAUGCAAGGUAUCAAAUCAUACUGGGAGCAGCUCAUGGUUUAGCCUAUCUUCACCAUGACUGCAUUCCUCCAAUAAUUCAUCGCGACAUUAAAGCAAAUAACAUCUUGGUGGGCCCACAGUUUGAGGCCUUUUUAGCAGAUUUUGGCCUUGCAAAGCUUGUUGAAUCUUCAGAAUGUUCAAGAGCAUCCAAUACAGUUGCUGGUUCUUAUGGGUACAUCGCUCCUGAAUAUGGAUACAGUUUGAAGAUCACAGAAAAGAGUGAUGUGUACAGCUUUGGCGUGGUACUACUAGAGGUCUUAACCGGGAAGGAACCAACAGAUAGCAGGAUACCAGAAGGUGCUCACAUUGUCACUUGGGUUAACAGGGAAGUUCGAGAAAGAAAAAGAGAAUUCACUACAAUUCUUGACCAGCAACUAGUUUUACGAUCAGGGACACAGAUUCAACAGAUGAUUCAAGUGCUUGGGGUGGCUCUCCUAUGUGUGAAUACUUGUCCAGAGGAAAGGCCAACAAUGAAAGAUGUUGCAGUGAUGCUCAAGGAGAUCCGGCAUGAAAAUGAGGAUUUUGAAAAACCAAAUUUUCUCCGCAAUGGGGUAGCAAACAACCCGAAAGCAGCAGUCCACUGUUCUAGUUUCUCAAGAUCAUCUGAACCUCUAAUAAGAUCGCCUCCAUAUGCAUAACAUCCCAAAAAUUAGAAUCUAGUUCAUUGAUAAUUUGUUCUCAAUAUUCAAAUAACAAAAAACUUUGUAUAGCUUGAUAUUAUUAUUUAGUAGCAACAGGUUAUCACCUAUCACAUUGUAA